AUGGCAGACCAAGCGCGGUCGCAGAUCAUCAAGGAGAACCCCAUUGGCAAAGGCCUUGAUGCGUUCCGCGCUUCAUUCGGUCCGAUCUGCGAAGACGCGAGCGUCCCCUGCACUCCGGACUCGCUAGAUCGGCUCGGCCAAGAAGAUCUCCAGAAUCUUGUUCUCGACCUGCUCUUCGCUUUACGAAACCUCUCCGCGGUUCGCUUCCUACGAUCAAAGGCCGGCCAUGGGACCCUUCGUAACGAUCUCCUCAAACUUAACUCGGCUGUCAGCUCCGACGGCUUCGAUCUCGUCCGCGUCAAACCUCUCCUAAAAGCAGCCAUCGCCGAUGACCCGGACGACGCAGUUAUCUGGAAUGAAGUCUACCACGCCGUCACCGAAUCCACUCCGCCGCCCCGACCGACAGCAUCAUCCCUCCACCAAACCCCUUGGCUGCACAACACGAGCAGCUUCGCGAACUCCUCCGAAGGCCGCAAAGAUGUGGACAGAGUCCUUAAGUUGGAGCUUGGUCCUCUCUACGUCGGGCUUCCUCGCUUCUGCGAGACAUAUUUCGGACGUGUGGCCGGUCUUGAGACAGCGGCCGAGGCCGUCUUCAAGGAAUGCAAGGGAGGCAGCAAUCCGCUCUUCCAUGAAGGCUGGAGCGGAUGGCCAAAAGACGCAAACCAGGACGACGUCUUGAGCUGGUUUGCGGGCUUGUGCGAGAAGCUGGCGGCCUUUGCAGAACACCACGGGUCAAACCCGGCAUGUCGACGGAGACCAUUGGCACAACCCAACAAGCCAAUCCGCGGUUCCACAGGGGAACGCAAAUUGGACGUCGGCUUCGUGAACGACACCAAGGCCGACAAGGAUUCUCAAUGCCACUGGUCGCGGGUCCUCGUCCCCGGCGAGCUGAAAAGCAAUCCAUUGGCCGACACAGCGUCCAAGGCAUGGCUUGAUCUUGGGAGGUACGCGAGAGAGGUUCUCGCUGCUCAAGACACCCGUCGGUUCGUUUUAGGCUUCACUAUUUGCGGAUCUCUCAUGAGGAUAUGGGAGUUUGACCGGCUGGGGGGGGUCGCAUCCGAACAGUUCGACAUCAACAAAGAUGGACUGCAGUUUGUGUCCACGGUCCUCGGCUUUCUCUGGAUGAACGAGGAGGAGCUUGGGUUCGAUCCGACAAUCAUGACGGCAAACAACGAACGAUUUAUCGAGAUCGAGCGGGACGGCUCAACAGAACGCCUCAUCAUUGAUCGGGUGAUGAAACGCGCACCUUGCAUAGCUGGCCGGGCGACGACUUGCUGGAAAGCCCACCGCGAAGGACAACCCCAGUCACUACUUGUUAUCAAGGAUUCGUGGCAAUAUACGGAACGCGAUGAGGAAGGCGAACUGUUACGCGAGGCGACUGGCAAAGGCGUCGUCAACAUGGCCCGAUACUAUCACCACGAGACUGUUCGGGUUCACGGUAAGGAUGACGACAUUCGAAGCAACGUGCGGGGAGGGUUAGAUGUUACCAGAGCUACGAACUACCGGUCGGAACGCUCGAUGCCUCCACCGAGUACCACCAUGUCUGGCGCUUCGCGGAAGGGCCGCAGCAACAGCAUCGCUGGCAAGAAGCGGUCUUCGAGUCAAACUGGCGCCGCGCUGCCCCCCAGCAAGCGAUCCUGUUCGGCAUCUCCAACGAAGGCUAGCAGCAACGCCAUGUCAAACCGGGUGCAUCGACGUGUCAUUCUUCAAGACUACGGAGAACCCAUCUACAACGCGAGCUCCCGAUCGGCUCUCCUUGCCGCACUAGAGGGAUGUAUUGAAGGACACGAAUCCCUGCGCAAAGCCGGCUUCCUUCAUAGAGACAUCUCCAUCAAUAAUCUCAUGAUCAACGAGGACGACGACAACAUCUCAUGGCGUUCGUUCUUGAUCGACCUAGACCUCGCCGUCAGAGAACAACGUCAAAGCGCCUCCGGAGCGAAGGGCAAGACCGGCACGAGAGCAUUCAUGGCAAUCGGGGCCCUUUUAGGCGAGCAGCAUUCCUUCAUGCACGAUCUUGAGUCAUUCUUUUGGGUCCUCUUCUGGAUAUGCAUCCACUAUGACCCAGAUGCGAACAAUUCCCGGAGCAGAAGCAAGGAUUUGGCGGCCGACCCCGACGAGAACGCCAUUUCGUCUCCGCUUAGCAGGGUUGUUCCUGAGUUUGACCAGUGGAAUUACAUCAGCAUGGAAUUGUUGGCAAAUGAGAAGAAGGGACGCGUGUCUCAUGAGGGGGACUUCAUCAGGUCCGCAGAAGAGAAUUUCACGCCAUACUACCAACCGUUAAUACCUUGGGUCAACAGGUUACGGAAAGUGGUAUUUCCUAGUGGUGGGAGGUGGGAAAAAGAGGACGCAGGAUUGUAUGUUAGGAUGAAGGAGAUCCUUGGAGAAGCCCAGAAGGACCCCAAAGUGUUGGCGGCAGACGGCCUCGCGAGUUAG